AUGUCUCGAAGGUAUGAUAGUCGUACUACGAUAUUCUCCCCAGAAGGUCGCCUCUAUCAGGUUGAGUAUGCAAUGGAAGCCAUUGGAAAUGCAGGAUCUGCAAUAGGAAUAUUGGCAAAAGAUGGGGUUGUCUUGGUUGGUGAAAAGAAAGUCACUUCCAAGCUCCUUCAAACCUCUUCAUCUACUGAGAAGAUGUACAAGAUUGAUGACCAUGUAGCAUGUGCUGUAGCUGGAAUAAUGUCUGAUGCCAACAUUCUGAUCAACGCAGCCAGGCUUCAAGCUCAGCGCUACACUUUUGCUUACCAGGAACCAAUGCCUGUUGAACAGCUAGUUCAGUCUCUAUGUGACACCAAGCAGGGCUACACACAGUUUGGUGGGCUCCGCCCGUUUGGAGUGUCAUUUCUCUUUGCUGGUUGGGAUAAGAAUUUUGGCUUCCAGCUUUAUAUGAGUGACCCCAGUGGCAAUUAUGGUGGUUGGAAGGCUGCAGCAAUUGGAGCAAAUAACCAGGCGGCACAGUCAAUGCUUAAGCAGGAUUAUAAAGACGAUAUCACUAGGGAAGAAGCUGUGCAGCUAGUCCUGAAGGUUCUCAGUAAGACGAUGGACAGCACUAGUCUUACUUCUGAGAAGCUUGAACUGGCAGAGGUAUUCCUUUCUUCUGGGAAAGUAAAGUACCAGAUAUGCUCGUCUGAGUCCCUGAGUCAAUUGCUAUUGAAGUUUGGAUUGACCCAACCUCCUGCUGAGUCCUCUUAAUUUACUCCAUUAUAUUUGGACCAAGUUUUGGGACUAAUUUGGCUUGGCUGUACUAGAAGAUACUAUAUAUUUGUGUGAUUUUGGAAAUCACAUAAUGGGCUCUUGGUACAUUUACUUUUUAUGUAAAAUGACAUAUUUUUGAAUAACGAUUGGCCUGCAGUGCCCAUGAUUUAAAACAAAUAGGAAAUUUGCGGAGUUAAUGAGCUGACUUGAAUGAUCACCUGAUGGCAGUAGGGAAGUUUCACAUUGGCACUUCCAAUGCUUUCCUCAAGUUCUGUAUCUUUCAUUUAUAAAAUCUUAUGCAGC